GCUCUCGAACACGACUGAGAGCUUGAGACGUCGUGGUCUCUCGCCUUCCGGAGCUGAGACGUUUUCGCUCUCGUGUGGUCUCGUGGGGAGCCGCGCACACCGGAUUCACGGCCUCCGAGAACGCAACUAGAAGGCGAAGUUAUUCAACACAAUAACAAUAAGAGACUCAGAGGAUCUAGGGAGUAAAGAGAAGAAAGAGAGACGACAUCCUAUAAAAAGAAGAAAGAAGAAGAAGACUAUGUCGGGGAAGACGAGGAGCGUCUUUGGAAUUGCAUUUAAGAAUUUUGUUAACUCCCUCAAACCGAGACAAACGUCGGGAAUAUUUAUUGGAGACGAUUAUCACGGUAACAAGUAUUACGAAAUACCAGCAGAUCCUAGAAGAGGAAAGAGACAUCCAAAGAGAUGGUAUGUUCCCCCAGUAGCCAUGCAGUAUGAUCAAAAACACAUGCCAGCUGAGUGGGAUGCGUGGUUAAGAAAUCGCCGUGCAGAAGCCCCAAGUGAAUCCGAAUUAAAAGAGAACUUGACUCUUUCAAUUAUGAAGAAAGAAAAUGCUGAUAAACUAGCUUUGAAAGCAGGUAAACAACCUGAGGAAGUCCUUAAGCAUUCGGAUAUGUCAUCUUAUCCUGUCUAUGAUGAUUAUGAAGUCACUCCAGGGGAUGGAACAAAAAUCAAAUAAUAAUUAAGAAAAUAGGUUUACAUUAUAAGAUAUGGAUUUCAAAUAAAGGUAUUUGUACUUUUAAUUGAUAUUUAUGUUGAUGCUGUACUUUAUGUAUAUAUUUCAAAAAUAAAUUUUAACAAAUACA